AUGGUGAUAAGUGACAAAUGGGCUUCUUACAAGGAAGAUGAUGUUGGGAAAGCAGGUGUUGUAAAGGAAAAGUUGUUGAAUGAUGUUUGGUGGGAUAAGAUUGAAUAUAUACUCUCAUUCACAUUGCUAAUUUAUGAGAUGCUUAGAUUUUGUGACAUAGAUAAGCCAUGUCUACAUUUGGUUUAUGAGAUGUGGGAUUCAAUGAUUGAACGGGUGAAGGCAUCCAUCUAUAGACGUGAAGGGAAGUCAGAAAAUGAAGAGUCAUCCUUUUACUCUAUAAUGCAUCAAAUAUUAGUGGAAAGGUGGACAAAAAGUAGCACACCUCUUCAUUGCCUUGCUCAUUCCUUGAAUCCAAGGUAUUAUAGUGGGAUGUGGCUUCAUGAAAAUCCCGUUCGUGUUCCUCCUCACAAAGAUGUUGAAAUUUCUGAGAUGAGAAUCAAGUGUUUUAAGAGAUACUUUCCUGAUUCAGAUGAGAGAAGAGUUGUUAAUACAGAGUAUACGAAGUUUUCAAGUUGUUUAGAAAGUUUUAGUGACUUUGACUCAAUAUGUGAUAGAGGAGUAAUGGAACCAGUGGUUUGGUGGUUGGCACAUGGCUCUUCUGCACCUACGCUCCAAUCCUUGGCAGUGAAAUUACUUAGCCAACCAUGUUCCUCAUCAUGUUGUGAAAGGAAUUGGAGCACCUACUCUUUCAUUCACUCUAUGAGGAGGAAUAAAAUGACACCACAACGGUGCAAGGAUUUGGUUUUUGCACACUCCAAUAUUCGCCUCUUAUCAAGAAGGAGUCAACUAUAUACAAAAGGAGAGACCAAGUUAUGGGACGUUGGGGGAGAUGCAUUUGAUUCAUUGGAGGGUUCUGGUUUCCUUGAAAUUGUAAAUCUUUCACUUGAUGAGCCAGAGAUGGAAGCUAUUUUAUUGAAUGAUGAAGUUGAUGGAUGUGAACUUUGA